UCAUCUUAAAAGUACAUUUCGUAAAUAAAUUCCGUUUUUUUUAUUACAAUUUUCGAGAAUCAUACUUUUUUCUAGGUUUAGAUUUUGGAUUGGUUUUUCACAGUUGUUUUUUGGUGACUUCAAUAAUUGCACUAAUCCAAUUGUAAAUGUAUUAAACCUCUGCUACGCAAGUGCUUGUACUAAUAUUUGAGUACCUACCGUGUUCCAAAAAUAGAUCGAAAUCCCCCGAAGCUUUUUGUAUUGGACGAGUUUAACAAGAAAAUCAUUGUGUAGCUUUGAGAAUGAAUUAUAAAAAUCAUAUUAUCAUAUCAUAAAAUCAUAUUCCUAUAUAUCUUAAAUAUGUUAUAAGUGUUAAAAUACUGAUUGCAGUAGAUCGCUAUUCUGAUAAGAAAUUAGAUUUAAGCUCAAAAACGAAAAAAAGCCUGACUGCCGUAUUGAAAAAUUUGUGACGCCCUUCCCAGAAUUCUAGGCACAGUGCAGCAGGAGGCUCAAUCGAUUGGUAAUAUUGCAUAUAGUGAAUUACUACAGUGCAUAUACAGCUACGCAAACUAGUUCGGUAGGGUUCCUGGUAAUUCCAGGUGAAUUCAAAGUUGGAAAAGGGUGGCGGCGCGCGCAUUGCUCUCAGAUUGGUCGGAUAGUUUGAUAGCGGUUAGGGCCGGCCUCUCUGAGAACAACACGAGUCAAAAGAUACUCGGCAGUCGCUCCGGACCUCUCACAAAGGCAGUACAUUCUCGUGUCGUCCAGAGACAGAGCGAUCGCGACCUCACUCCGCAUAAAAGUUUAAAAUCUUCAUCCAGGCGCUCUGUAAGAAAUUUUAUUCAAUUUGCUUCUGUAAAUUUAAAUAGAGAUAGUAUUAUUUUGUUUUUUUUUCGUUUAAUGAUGAAACGAAAGAGAAGUGGAGAAAAGAUUGAAAGUGAUACUAAAGUAUUAGGUUGCCGAAAAAAUUUAAGAUCGUCGAAACGGCUGAAUGCCACCGAACAAUCAAGUAAAAACGAUAACCUAAAUGUUAAUGUAAAUUCGUUACCUCAAGAGAAAAACAGCGAAAAACAGUCUUUGCCUGUUUCGCUUCCUAUAGAAAUAUACGAAAAGUACUUGGAGAAUAAAAAGAAAAAGAUGUCUAGAGGACUUAAAGGGAAAUCCCUUCCAUACAUAGACAAUGAUCCCGAUUAUGAACUACCGAAAGCUAAGAAACAGCGAACCAAAAAACCGAAUAAACCAAACACGGAUUAUGCUAUCAUAGAAAAUCCACAAAAUGAUGAUGAACAUUUCGACAAUAUUUAUCGCACAAGUACAAUCGUUGGCAGUAAAUAUCCACAUCUUAUGAACACCAAUAAAGAAAUAGCACUAGAAAAUACCAAAAUCAACGACGCCGGCUUACCAAAAUUUUGCAUACCUUAUGAACAACCCAAAUUUAAACUGCCACAUAAUCCAGUAGUAGUAGCACUGAGAGAAAAAUACAAAAUAAAUCCAAAUGUUAGAAUCACGCAAACUAAAUUUGAAGACCCGAAAAAGUCUAACGAACUGCCUUUAAAUUGUACUGUUUUACAAAAUGAUGCCAUUAAUUUAUCGGCAGGGAAAAGUGCUAAUGAAAAUUUAAGUGUUAACGCACUUAAUUUAAUGAAAACCAAAGAUGCUGAAACCAUCACCGAUGACAAUAUUAUUGUAAAUGAUGAAGAGAGAAACUUUAUCGCAUCUCUAAGGGCCAGCAAUAUAACGAUAUCAAGUUUAUCUUCGUUAUUGGCCAACAAAGAUAGUGAUGUCAAUAAUAACUCUAAAAUUCAAAGAAACUAUGAAGAUAUUUCAGAAACCAUUGAUUUACUGGACGAUGAUGAUGACGGCGGUACACCUAACAUUGAUCCUAAUGUAUUGAAAAUCUUAGAAGAUCAGAGCGAAGCAAACAAAAGCUUUAUCGGGCUUUUACUGAAAAUUUUAACAAAGGGUCACAUAAUAGUAGCGAACGAAGUAGAGAGUAUGCCGACAGAAAUCAUUCUGCAAAAACUUAAUUUAGCAGGAGUCGAUGUACUGAAACUUAUAGAGCUAUUAAAAGUAUGCCUUCAGGAGUAUUUGGAGUCAAAAAAUAAAACCCGUCAGCAGCCGCUUGUUGCAAAUAAAUCAACAGAGACUGUUCCAAAUAUUGAUAUAAGAACAAUUCUAAACCCCCCGAAUUUCCAACUUACGACAUCAGUAAACGAUGGUGGCUAUUCAUCUUCUGUUAGUACGCAGACAAACGAACCUGCUCUACAAGCUCAGGUCAAGAGCGUCUCCCAGCCACACUGCCCCUCACAAGACGUGCAUUCAAUGAUUUGUCGACCCAACCAACAAUAUAAUUACUCGCAGCAAACAAAUCAAAACACCAAUACCGUACAACAACCAUCUCAGAUCGUUGCACCACGUCAGACUCCUUUCGCAAUGCCACAUAUUCAGGCAGUCAUGCCGCAGAAAAAUUUUGCAAGUGCGAUUACUAAUUUCCCCGCUAUUCCUGCACAAAAUAUUCAAAUUAAUUCAUCGCAACCACUUCCGCAAAACCAGAACAAUUUCCAGCUACCGCAGAAUCAAACUGAAUCGGUUAAUCGGCCAUAUUACAACACGCAGGGCUCAAUGGAUUACUCUUACCAGAAUUCACAACAGAAACAAGGAUCCGGUAGAAGAAGUUCGCAAGAAGUUUAUAACUCCAACAAUAACAAUCCUUCUCUCCGAUACGGCGGCCAGGGUCGCCCUCGUCAAAGCUUCAAUCCGUGCAAUAACGCAAUGCCUCACAUGGGUAAUUACUCCGACCGUUAUAAUCAAUACAAUAAUGUUACGGCGGUGACAGAAUCAUCGUAUUCACACAUGAUAAGACACCAAAACUCAGUCGAUCCGAGGUUUAAUUCGUCACAAAAUGCAAUGGGUUUCUAUAAUCAGAUGGAUAAUUAUGCUUGCAAUAAUACAAGCAAUGUACAAUAGUUUGAGUUUCCAUAAAAUAUAUUUGAGUUAGAGGAGAGAGCAGAUAAUGUGUUGUUGUUGUUGGUGCUCACGUGAACCCUGAUUAGGAUCAUUGAAACCUUUGGCUUGCCUUCACUGGCCGUCCAAAAAUGUACGUGUAAAUAACGGACUGAGGGGCAAAAAUCUGGCACUAAUUCUAUAACCUGUAUUUAACUUUUUCGUUUUUACAUUUAGUGUCGUGACGCUUUGUAACUAAUUAUGACGUCACUCUACUAAGUUGUCAGUGUUGAGUAUUGUAAUGUUACUCGAAUGUUAACGUCUAGUAGAAAUGAGCAAAGUAUGAUAUUCUAAUAAAAAAACGUGUUAUUGUAUGUAAAUUAUAACAGUGUUCAUUUAAAGAAGUACUAUAAAAAAUAUAUAAAUGAAUUUACUAACUAGAAAAUCUAAGGACGUUUAAAAUGAGUGAAGUUCAAAUUAAGAAAGAAAAAAUAUUCUGCAAAUAUUUUUGGAACCCGAUUUACAUUAAAAAAAAGCUGUUGAUACUUAUGAAGAUAUUGGUACAAAACAGAUUAAAAGAAAGUUAAAAUUCUCAAAACAUAAUUUUAAACUCAAAGUCAAUUUUUAAAAAUCAACGUUCAAUAGAUUUAUAAUUAAAACAAACUUUAACCGUUUGAUCUUGCGUGUGUUCAUUUUAUUAUUUCUAACAAUUCGAAUAUUUUAAAAUUUCGCGGUCACGGCAUCAUCAUCAUCAUCAUUCCUUCCUAUUACCCUCUGCUGGGGUGUAGGGCUCGAAUCAAAUUUUUCCAUUUACAUCGGUCUUGGGCAGUCUGUUCUAGCUCCUCCCACGUCAUGCCCAAGACCCGUAGCUCCUGCUCCACCGAGCGACGCCAAGUUGUUCUGGGGCCUCUCUUCCUCUUGCCAGACACUUUCCAGGUCAGUGCUCUCUUUGAUAGGUGGGUAUCGGGCUUUCUGAAAAUGUGACCAAUCAAAUGCCACUUCCGCGUAAGGAUCUUACGUGAUCGCGGUCAUGGCAAUUUUAUUAAGUGAAUUUUAUUAGAUUCAACAGAAUUCGAUUAAAUUUUUUUCGAAAACUUUGCAACAUUGAUAUCUGUGCCUAAAAGUUCAUUAUAAAUAAGUAGUAAAUACAUGGGUAGUUAGUAGACUUUCACAACUUUGAAAAAGAAAAAAAAAAACGUUAUAAUAACAUAAUAUUUUAAUGGGAAAUUGAUCUGAAUUGACACCUUGUAAAGUUAAUAGUCGUUAAUACUUCACAGGAGGCUUUGGUUGUGAUAUUAUUGAAGGGCGGGCGAUAUAUGGUGUGUGAGUGGUUACAACAAAACCAUACGUUUAGCCAUUGUCACACCGAAUCUUGACGUGUAAUAUUAAAACACACAAUCGAUAGACAGAGACAGAGAGUUAGCUAUAUAACAGUAGUGGAAUAAAAAAAAAUAUAAAAAAAAAAUAAAAAAAAAGUAGUUUAUAGAUAGAUGUUGUUUUAACUUCAGAUUUAUAAAUGUCUGUAGAUACAAAAAAAACCAUAAAAAACAAACAAAAAAAAAACAAAAAAAAAAAAAAACAAAAAAAAACAAAAGAAAAAAAGAAGAAAAAAAAUACAAAUUUAGUACUUUUAGCACAUAUUAUAUACUACAUUUUCAAGAAGAUCUUGUAGGCUCUAUAUAAAGUAUAUUUUUUUAAAUUGGAAAGUUUCGGUGAGUGCAUUUAUUUUUCGUAUGUCAAGAGAGCCUCAUAUCGAACGUGUUUUAAAUAUAGUAUAAUAAUAGUCUAUACUAAUAUUAUAAAGAGGAAAGAUUUGUUUGUUUGUUUGUUUCGAAUAGGCUCCGAAACUACUGGACCGAUUUGAAAAAUUCUUUUUCUAUUAGAAGCCGACAUUGUCCCUGAUGAACAUAGGCUACUUUUUUUAUUUAUUUUUUUAUUUUUAUUUUUUUUGUUUCAUGUGUGUUUUAAUGUUUCCGAAGCGAAGCGAGGGCGGGUCGCUAGUCUUGAUUAAGAAUCUCAAACAGUGCCACUUGUCUUUUCAGGAAUUUUUUUCACUUCAGCAAAUAUUUUUCAAUAGAUCACCGUUUUUAGGCAAGAAUUAAAUACGCUGUGCUUAGUGAAAUACCAAUAAUUAUAUUUAAUUCUUUGGCAUGACCACAAAGUAUUAAAAAUUAAAUACAGAAGCAAUUAAAAAAAAUCUCUAAAAGAUAUACUAACGAAAACCUAAAAUAAAAUUAAUUACUUUUAUCAUGAACUAAUGGAGACGAGCUUACAGUUCACCUGGUCGUAAGUGGUAACUACUGAGGGGUAAUUCCUAGAAUGCAGUUAACUUGCUAAGUGUUAUUAAAUCUAAUUGGUAGCGUGACAUAUCAUAACGAGUAGGAACCAACGGAUGGAGUUCAUAAUGUUUGUUGGCACAGUUGGGCGAGUGUUUUCACGACCAAUUGAUGUAAGCGAUACACAUAGAUACGACAGCACUGAAAUGACGGCCCGCCUUGGACCUGUGUGCUUAGUGCGAGCUUUUUAACGUUCUCGAUAGCGUAAAAGUUAACUCCAAUUUGUAUGGAGUUGGGACGUUUAUUUACGUUUGCCGCUACGGGCGCUGUUCCAACUCCAUAUAAAUUUGAGUUAACUUUGACGCUAUCGAGAACGUUAAAAAGCUCGCACUAAGCACACUGACGUAUCGAUUGCAUUCCAAUAAUAAUUUAACUUUUAAAAUGAAUUUUGCUUGGCGUGUUACAUUUAAUGAAUUUAUUGUUUUUGCUAUCAGUAUUACUGGCAUUUGAUUGUUUAGUACAUUGCGUGCACAGUUUAUAAAACAUAUUAAAUUUACAAUCCCAUUUUUCCGCGGAAUGCGCUAAAAAGCAAUCUUAUACCCCUUCAAAAUGUAAAUAGACAAACAAGAGAAGCACGGAUGUUUGGUGGCUUAAGCCGAGCGUUUUAUUUUUAGAUUGUAAGUGAAGAAGCAAUGCGAAUUGCGAAAUGACUGGGGAAAAGCUUUAAAAUACGCUAAAGAGACCAUUUUCAGCAAAAAAUUUUAAAUUUACUGAAAUGGUCUCGUUUCGGAAUCCACCAGCGCGGACGCGCGUUGCUCCCACGUAACUUUUUGGUGGGUUCCAGUCCUUAGGACGUUUUCGUCAUUUAGAUUGGUAGUAGUAGCGUUUUUUCAUAAAAUUAGCCUUUAGUAUGUUUUCAUAUAAACAGCUAUCAAUGAUUUUUGUUUAGGAUUUUAAUUUUUUUUUCGUCAGCAAUUAUCCGAUACUAGAAAUGUGCAUAUCUUGUCAGCAAUUAAAUAAGUCACUUGAUAAGCGUAACGCGUUUGUCAAAUGACGACUUAAUAAUAAUAAUAAAUAAUUAACAAUAAAGUAACUAAUAACGAUUUCUUUUCCGAGAAUCGAUGUGAAAUACUUUUAUCUACAUAUGUACUUUAAACUUCAAAUAUUAGCGGAUCAAAUUUAGUACAAAAUGUGUUAGAAUAUCGUAUUUUGCUCUAUUUGAUUAGUGACGAUUGUUGUGAAGUUGAUAAUAGAAAAGUGUAUGAAUGUUUCAAACAGUUCUUUUUGUGAUCGGAAGAAGCCUUUGGCGUGACGAUGGAAGGAACUCUGACGUCAAUGUAUCGAACUUGCUCGUUAUAAUACGAGAUUUUUAAUGUGAUUCUUUUCAUAGAAAAACACGAAGAAGGGUGUUAGAAACAUGGCUCGUUUUUGAGUGGAGGAAAGACAAAGUCUAAUUUGCGUUUUUAUUAAGUGUAUCCGAUGCAUUAUAUUUGUUUUUUUCUUCUUACUUGGACUUGUGUUAUUGGUAUGGGGGUUGGAGUUUAAAAGUCGAAGUGUGAGGUCGAUUGACAAAUGUAUCUAUUGGUACAUAUAUGUAUAUUAUAUAUAUAUCGACAAACUCGAUCAUAUUUCGAACGUAUUACAAGUAUAUGGCUUUUUUUUUUCGCGUGGGCGGGAGGAAAUCUUCGUGGAUACCCAAGGGCCCGGGCCAAUGGGCAUGCCCGACUCCACUGAGAAAGUGUCUCAGUAACCUACGGACUAAAACCUGGUUAUCUGUCCCUUUUUAUUAUGGGACAACUUUUAUCCCUGUGUUAGUUAUUAGCCACAAUUAUCUCGCUGUGAGCUUUCGACCUUGAUAACCUAAGGGGAUUUUAAUGGGCUUAAUGUAACCAUACAUUUUAUUCGGUGUACAUUAUGUAGUUUCAAAUUUACAUAAUGUAUCUGUACUAAUAUUUUGGGAUUUGACGCCGUCACAUACCUAUGGGAUAUAUACCAAAGUAUCGGUCCUCUCAGUGAAAUAAUCUUUGAAAAAAAAAAGAGCUAUUUUAAAUUGUUGUCAGGCAAGUCAUAUAAAUAUAAUCAAAAGGCUUUGCGUGUUAACAAUUAAUAAACCUUUGAACGUGUAAAACACUUUUAUAGGGAUCUUUAAUCUUCAUUAAAGUAGUUGGAUUAGUUAUGGUGUCACAGUUUUGGGAAAACGACUUAAAAGCAAGUUCAUUUAAUGGAAGUAAUAAUACGAUUGAUCGCGAUUUCGGACUGUAAAGAUCAAUAAUACAAUCAGUUUGAUUUUGUGUUCGUCGUUAUGUGGAACUAUCAAUAGGUUUGUAUCUUUAAUAUUAAAAUGAUCUGUGUUUAAAGUUUAAAUUUCUCAAUUCAAUUACAUGAGAACAAUUCUGUAUCAAGCAACUAAAUUGAUUAACGCUAAGAAGUAUCUAAUGGUCGCAAAAGGAUGUGGUUUUAAAAAUACUUACGGGCGAAGGGAUUUGGAUUUCAUGCUUCAAUUGCAAGGCAGUUGAUAUGAUACUCUAUUCCUUACGUCAAUGCGUUCUUUUUGCCUAAAAAUCAAAUGUCGAUUUACGUCAGGAUAUUUUGUGUUGUAAAUUAUGAAGAUUAUCUGAAAUGUAUGUGGUUACUUCGCGAUGAUAUCGUAAAUACUGGCUAGAUCAAGUUGCAGAUUGAGGACGUGACAUAUAAGGAUUUUAAUUGACUGUGCGUUAAAAGUAGGCGUAGCUUGUUAUUGAUUCUAGUAUCAGAAAUGAUCUCAUAAAAAUAUUUCAUAGUUCGUAGUGUGUGCUUAAUGUAUUUAAUGUUGUAUUCGAUGUCUGUGUUAAACAAUAAUUAGUUAUAAGCGGUAGACCGCUGUAUUGCGCGUGCGCAAGGCUUACAUGCUAUUGUUAAGAACAUUAAUUUUGACAGGCCUAAGUUAGUUUCAAGUUAAAAACGGACGAGAAGCAAGCAAAAGCUUUUCACUUUUGAUUUUCAUUUUCGAUUGGUUCUUGUUCGCUUCAUUCAUUGAAUAGGUGCUAGUGGCAAUUUCUAAGUCUGUAUUGUCUAAAUCAUAAUUACCUGAAGGUAUGAAAACAAAUUGAUGGAGUCGGAUUUUUUUUUCUCUGACUCUCGCGUCAGAGAUUAAGAUAAAAUAGAGAGGUAGGGUUAGAGUUACAACACUAAGGCUUAAAGAAUGAGGGUGCUGUCUUAUUGACGUUUAGAUGGAAUGAAAAUCGGACUGCUAUAGGUUGUGGUAAGCACAUAAUUAAAAUGGUCAAAGGUAAUGUAUAAAUGGAAUGCAAUAUUGAUUUGUAUUCUCCGGUAGCGAGUAUUUGGAAUGUGUGCAUGUCUUUAGACAGUGGUUGUGUCUGUGCUUGUGUGCCUGCGUAAUGUUGUGCUUGAACAGAAAACACCGAAUCCGACUUAGAAGAACAGGUAAAACAACUUAAAGAUCUAACAAUACAGCUGAUAUGCGUAUAAUGAUAUUGGGUACUCCAGAAUAAAUAAACAAUAAAAGACUUAAUUGCUUUUUCUGUUAUGUGUAUAAUGAGAAAACAAAAUUAAAAAGCCCUUAAUGUAAUAAAAUUUGUAUUUUUAAACAAACUAAACUUUCUUUUUACUGAAUGUCAAACUUCACUUAAUGACAUAUAAGAAAAAUCCUUUUUAGAAAACUACAGAGUUUUAGACUAUGAAGGUUUUUCUUUACAUGCGUAUUCAAGUAAAAACCGAAAUGGGAAUUUAACUGGAAUAGGUUUAAUCACGAAAAAGAAACGGGCAUCUAUCGAGUAAUUUUCGCUUGCUGACUCUUUGUGUGGUAAUAAAUGUGGUAAUAAAUGUUUUUCAUUGCGCGUACAAAUAUAUCAGAAUAAGGUAGAUAUUUUUUUCCUAAAUAUUUUAGUGUUUUGAAACGUUUAUAAUUUUGGGUUCUUUCUUGGUGAAUCCUAUAAACAGUGUUACAAUAAUAAUACAUAUUUUGAGUAAUAAUUAUUGGAACGAAGUUCCUUAUCGCGCGUUGUGAAAGGGGGCUAGACGGAAAAAAUUCUUACGAAAAGUUGUCACGACACUUUUUAGAUCCGUCAUUCUGACCAAUCAACGUGUAGGCGCUUAUCGCGUGACAUUGUUCGUAUCCGAUUGGUCCGCGUAAUGAGUAGUUAGUCGAGAUAGCGUUUCAACAAUAGUAAUUUAGUUCAUAGUAUUGUUUUUUUCUUCUUCAUAAUGCCGUAAUUUAUUAUUAUAACUUUAAAAAAAAAUUACAAUUCCUUCACUAAUUAAUCGAAAGGAACUUCGUUCCAUCCGGGUGUCCCUUGACACCUCUGAAGUUUUUAAUUCAAAUUUUGUUUGUCCGACCGAGACAAAAUUACGAUUCUCAUGUAUGUACUUUAUCAGUAUUUGAAGUGUCCAUGUUUAUUUUGAUAUUCUUUCUAAGUAUAUAAAACCUUUGAUCAUUAAUUUAAGUAAGUAAUUGGAAAUUAUAUUUAAUGUGUUACAUAUGAGACAUAUUUUGUCUGUGCAGUAAGUAUAAUAUCUUUUUUGAAUUAAGUCUUUUACUAAAUGUGUAGUCACUAAAAUUAAUAUUUACAUGUCUGUGAACCUGUUUAUUGUGUCAUUUUUAACGAGUAUUUUAACGAGUAUACCUAGUCUAUAUCUAGUCUGUGGAAUAUAUAUUCAAUUUAUUAUGUACUUCGUAUUUUUAAGGUAGUCUGUAAUUCAUGGAAAUACGUGAGUUUUUUGUUGUUACUUUUAUAAUUUAUAAUUAAAUUAAACAGUGUUUAGGUUGUUUUUUAAUGUAUUUAUAACAAAUACAGGAUGCAAGGGAACGACACACGAAGUUGAAGUGGUUUUAUGAAUGUUGUAUUCAUUUAAAAACUAAGGACAACAUUGUGCAUAACAGGCGGGGUAAUUGCAAUUACUCCAUUGCAUGUGUGUUUACUAAUAGCAGAUUAAAUCAAUUAUAUUUUUAAUGUACUGUGAUCAGACAAAUGACGUUUGAUUGUAAUAAAACAAUUCGCGAAGUAUGAAGGUGAAGAUUUUUGUAAAUGAAAACCUUUCCGUUUACGACUUUUUCGACCUAAUUAUUAUAAUCUAAUUUAGUAUAAAUUAUUAUACUAAAUUGGAAUGUAAUAACCUUGACCUUAAGAGGAAAAAAAUAUGAAUAGUAUUGCAAAGUUAAUUUUUUUUAUUGUUUUGAUCAGUGGACGAGCUCACAGCCCACCUGGUGUUAAGUGGUCACUGGAGUCCAUAGACAUCUACAACGUAAAUGCGCCACCCACCUUGAGAUAUAAGUUCUAAGGUCUCAUUAUAGUUACAACCGCCGCCCCACCCUUCAAACUGAAACGCACUACUGCUUCACGGCAUAAAUAGGCAGGGCGGUGGUACCUACCCGCACGGACUCACAAGAGGUCCUACCACCAGUAAUAAGUUACGCUAAGCUAAGCUUACAUUUUAUGCAUAUAAAUGUUAACUUAUCGUUUAAAGAUCAUAUAGUAUUAGUCCGCUGAGUUUCUUACUAGGUCAUGAUUUCGAUCCGGUGAUAAAUGCACUCGCGAAGCCUUGAGCUAUUCGUCUUCCUUCGGCGGCGUUUGAGCUAUUUUUAGCAAACUCUCUGCAUAAAAUUUCUAUUUCAUCGAAGAGUAAAUUAUAUUUUACUCGCUAUUUUUGACGUUGCCUCACAAUGAUCAACUACCACUUAAUGCUCUUCUUCUUCGACUUCGAGAAGGGUUCCCUCACGUAUCCUGUUUGUUAUAUAUUAUUUAUUACAGUUAUUAAAAAAAAUUACAGGGAUUUCGUGUAUUUGAGAAAUCACGUAUUGAAUUUUACCAUAUUAUUUUACUGUAGCAAAAUCUCUAUAAAAUGUCUAGUUUUCGAAUUCAACCCAAUUUUACAUUUAACUAUUGAUAAGUAUUUAUUUCGUUGGUGUUACAAUAUAAUCGGUGUCAUAAUAAAUGUUGUGUCAAAAA